AUGCCUCCCGACGGACAUCCAGUCAAGCCUCGUCCCUCCCGCCGGACGUCGCGUCGAGCCUCGUCCCUCCCGCCGUACGUCGCGUCGAGCUUCGUCCCUCCCGACAGACGUCGCGUCGAGCCUCGUCCCUUCGCCGUGCCUCGUCUCUCCCGCCGGACGUCGCGUCGAGCUUCGUCUCUCCCGGCAGACAUCACAUCAAGCUUCAUCCCACCCAACGCAUCGAGCCCGUCCGUCUCGGUGACCGUCCAGCCAGUACGUCUUGGUGGGCGUCCAGCCUGGUUGACUCGGAGGCGUUCGGCUCUUCCGUCACGGCAGGCGUCCAGCUCGUCAGUCACGGCAGGCGUCCAGCUCGUCCGUCACGGCAGGCGUCCAGCUCGUCCGUCACGGCAGGCGUCCAGCUCGUCCGUCACGGCGGGCGUCGAAGACGAAGACGCAAAAGCGAAGACGAAGACGCAAGAGCGAAGACGAAGACGAAGACGCAAGGACGAAGACGCAAGAGCGAAGACGAAGACGCAAGAGCGAAGACGAAGACGCAAGAGCGAAGACGAAGACGCAAGAGCGAAGACGAAGACGCAAGAGCGAAGACGAAGACGCAAGAGCGAAGACGAAGACGCAAGAGCGAAGACGAAGACGCAAGAGCGAAGACGAAGACGCAAGAGCGAAGACGAAGACGCAAGAGCGAAGACGAAGACGCAAGAGCGAAGACGAAGACGCAAGAGCGAAGACGAAGACGCAAGAGCGAAGACGAAGACGCAAGAGCGAAGACGAAGACGCAAGAGCGAAGACGAAGACGCAAGAGCGAAGACGAAGACGCAAGAGCGAAGACGAAGACUACGCAAGAGCGAAGACGAAGACGAAGACUACGCAAGGGCGAAGACGAAGACGAAGACGAAGACGCAAGGCGAAGACGAAAGAAGACUACGCAAGAGCGAAGACGAAGACGCAAGAGCGAAACGAGACGAAGACGCAAGAGACGAAGACGAAGACGCAAGAGCGAAGACGAAGACGAAGACGAAGACGAAGAGCAUGAGAGCGAAGACGAAGACGCAAGAGCGAAGACGAGAGACGCAAGAGCAAGAGGAAGACGCAAGAGCGAAAGAGACGCAAGAGCGAAGAGGAAGACGCAAGGCCGAAGACGAAGACGCAAGAGCGAAGACGAAGACGCAAGAGCGAAGACGAAGACGCAAGAGCGAAGACGAAGACGCAAGAGCGAAGACGAAGACGCAAGAGCGAAGACGAAGACGCAAGAGCGAAGACGAAGACGCAAGAGCGAAGACGAAGACGCAAGAGCGAAGACGAAGACGCAAGAGCGAGACGAAGACUAAGAGCGAAGACGAAGACUGCGCAAGAGCGAAGACGAAGACGCAAGAGCGAAGACGAAGACGCAAGAGCGAAGACGAAGACGCAAGAGCGAAGACGAAGACGCAAGAGCGAAGACGAAGACGCAAGAGCGAAGACGAAGACGAAGACGCAAGAGCAAAGACGAAGUUGCAAGAGCGAAGACGAAAACGCAACAAACUACGCAAGAGCGAAGACGAAGUUGCAAGAGCGAAGACGAAGUUGCAAGAGCGAAGACGAAGUUGCAAGAGCGAAGACGAAGUUGCAAGAGCGAGACGAAGUUGCAAGAGCGAAGACGAAGUUGCAAGAGCGAAGACGAAGUUGCAAGAGCGAAGACGAAGUUGCAAGAGCGAAGACGAAGUUGCAAGAGCGAAGACGAAGUUGCAAGAGCGAAGACGAAGUUGCAAGAGCGAAGACGAAGUUGCAAGAGCGAAGACGAAGUUGCAAGAGCGAAGACGAAGUUGCAAGAGCGAAGACGAAGUUUGCAAGAGCGAAGACGAAGUAGCGAGAGCGACGGCGAAGUUGCAAGAGCGAAGACGAAGUUGCAAGAGCGAAGACGAAGUUGCAAGAGCGAAGACGAAGUUGACGAAGACGAAGUUGCAAGAGCGAAGACGAAGUUGCAAGAGCGAAGACGAAGUUGCAAGAGCGAAGACGAAGUUGCAAGAGCGAAGACGAAGUUGCAAGAGCGAAGACGAAAGCGAAGACGAAGUUGCAAGAGCGAAGACGAAGUUGCAAGAGCGAAGACGAAGUUGCAAGAGCGAAGACGAAGUUGCAAGAGCGAAGACGAAGUUGCAAGAGCGAAGACGAAGUUGCAAGAGCGAAGACGAAGUUGCAAGAGCGAAGACGAAGUUGCAAGAGCGAAGACGAAGUUGCAAGAGCGAAGACGAAGUUGCAGAGCGAAGACGAAGUUGCAAGAGCGAAGACGAAGUUUGCAAGAGCGAAGACGAAGUUGCAAGAGCGAAGACGAAGUUGCAAGAGCGAAGACGAAGUUGCAAGAGCGAAGACGAAGUUGCAAGAGCGAAGACGAAGUUGCAAGAGCGAAGACGAAGUUGCAAGAGCGAAGACGAAAGUUGCAAGAGCGAAGACGAAGUUGCAAGAGCGAAGACGAAAGUUGCAAGAGCGAAGACGAAGUUGCAAGAGCGAAGACGAAGUUGCAAGAGCGAAGAGAAAGUUGAAAGAGCGAAGACGAAGUUGCAAGAGCGAAGACGAAGUUGCAAGAGCGAAGACGAAGUUGCAAGAGCGAAGACGAAGUUGCAAGAGCGAAGACGAAGUUGCAAGAGCGAAGACGAAGUUGCAAGAGCGAAGACGAAGACGCAAGAGCGAAGACGAAGACGCAACAGACUACGCAAGAGCGAAGACGAAGACGAAGACUGCGCAAGAGCGAAACGACGACGCCAUAAAAGGUGCGGUAGCGGAGAUAUAGAAGAAGACGCAGGAGAAGAGACGAAGAAGUCGCAGGAGAGGAGACGAAGACUACGCAAGAGCGAAGGCGUAGACGUAAGAGCGAAGACUACGCAAGAGCGAAGACGAAGACGAAGACUACGCAAGGGCGAAGACGAAGACGAAGACUACGCAAGGGCGAAGACGAAGACGAAGACUACGCAAGAGCGAAGGCGUAGACGUAAGAGCGAAGACGAGAGCGAAGACGAGAGACUGGCAAGCAGCCAAGUAGGAGGAGAAGACGCAAGCAGCCAAGAAGGAGGAGAAGACGUAAGCAGCCAAGAAGGAGGAGAAGACGCAAGCAGCCAAGAAGGAGGAGAAGACGCAAGCAGCCAAGAAGGGGGAGAAGACGCAAGCAGCCAAGAAGGAGGAGAAGACGCAAGCAGCCAAGAAGGAGGAGAAGACUCAACAUCCGAGACGAAGCCGCAAGAGCGAACACCCAAGAGCGAAGACGGUAGGCUACGCGAGAGGGAAGACGGUAGGCUACGCAAGAGCGAGGACGAAGACUACGAAAGAGCGAAGACGAAGACUGCGCAGGAGCGAAGACGAAGACUGCGCAGGAGCGAAGACGAAGACUGCGCAGGAGCGAAGACGAAGACUGCGCAGGAGCGAAGACGAAGACUGCGCAGGAGCGAAGACGAAGACUGCGCAGGAGCGAAGACGAAGACUGCGCAGGAGCGAAGACGAAGACUGCGCAGGAGCGAAGACGAAGACUGCGCAAGAGCGAAACGACGACGCCAUAAAAGGUGCGGUAGCGGAGAUAUAGAAGAAGACGCAGGAGAGGAGACGAAGAAGUCGCAGGAGAGGAGACGAAGAAGUCGCAGGAGAGGAGACGAAGAAGACGCAGGAGAGGAGACGAAGUCGCAGGAGAGGAGACGAAGAAGACGCAGGAGAGGAGACGAAGAAGUCGCAGGAGAGGAGACGAAGAAGUCGCAGGAGAGGAGACGAAGAAGUCGCAGGAGAGGAGACGAAGAAGUCGCAGGAGAGGAGACGAAGAAGUCGCAGGAGAGGAGACGAAGAAGUCGCAGGAGAGGAGACGAAGAAGUCGCAGGAGAGGAGACGAAGAAGUCGCAGGAGAGGAGACGAAGAAGUCGCAGGAGAGAAGAAGAAGUCGCAGGAGAGGAGACGAAGAAGUCGCAGGAGAGGAGACGAAGAAGUCGCAGGAGAGGAGACGAAGAAGUCGCAGGAGAGGAGACGAAGAAGUCGCAGGAGAGGAGACGAAGAAGUCGCAGGAGAGGAGACGAAGAAGUCGCAGGAGAGGAGACGAAGAAGUCGCAGGAGAGGAGACGAAGAAGUCGCAGGAGAGGAGACGAAGAAGUCGCAGGAGAGGAGACGAAGAAGUCGCAGGAGAGGAGACGAAGAAGUCGCAGGAGAGGAGACGAAGAAGUCGCAGGAGAGGAGACGAAGAAGACUCAACGGCGAAUA